AUGGUAGCCAACAAUUCAAAAUACUCGAGUACUCGGUAUCACGACACCUCAUCACGGGAAUUCUUCAGUUUCGAAGAGGUGGUCCUUAAAGGGCUGGCUUCUGACGGUGGCCUGUUUCAUCCACAUAAAGUGCCCAAUAUCCGAGCCCAAUUUGUGGAAUGGAAAGACCUAUCGUUUCCUGAACUGGCCUACCGGGUCAUGAGGCUGUACAUUGAUGAGCACGAAAUCUCAAACGAGGAACUCAAAUCAAUAGUCGACCGCAGCUACUCGACGUUCAGACAUCCAGACACGGUGCCGUUGGUCACGUUAGAUGACAAGAAGGACCUUCAUUUGCUCGAACUUUUCCAUGGACCGACGUUCGCUUUCAAAGACGUGGCUCUCCAGUUCUUGGGUAACCUGUUCGAGUUCUUCUUAGUGCGUAAGAAUGAGAAGCUUGAACAAGGCCAACCCAGACACCAUCUCACAGUUAUUGGAGCCACUUCAGGCGACACUGGCUCUGCUGCUAUCUACGGGCUGCGGGGGAAGAAGGAUGUCAGCAUAUUCAUCAUGUUCCCUGACGGCAAAGUGUCACCGGUCCAAGAAGCUCAGAUGACCACCGUUCUGGAUCCAAAUGUACACUGCCUGAGCGUCCAAGGGACGUUUGACGAUUGCCAGGACUAUGUCAAGGCGUUGUUUGCCGACCCGGAGACGAACAAGAUCCACCGUUUGGCCGCCGUGAACUCGAUCAACUGGGCGCGGAUACUGGCCCAGAUCACAUAUUACUUCUACGCUUACUUCCAGCUCCUCAAGCGCAAACCUAACCUGAAACAAGCCAAAUUCGUGGUACCAACCGGUAAUUUUGGUGAUAUUUUGGCAGGAUAUUACGCCCAGAGAAUGGGACUUCCUGUGGCGAAACUCGUGAUUGCGACAAAUGAAAAUGAUAUCUUGCACCGUUUUUGGCAGACGGGCUCUUAUUCAAAGACGCCAAAGCCAGCAGAGGAAGAGCGUGAAGGCAUCAAAGCAGAUGGAGCUCAAGCACACGAAGAUGCUGUCAAGGAAACAUACAGCCCUGCCAUGGACAUUCUGGUCUCUUCGAAUUUCGAACGACUUCUCUGGCACUUGGGCCUGGAACAUGAAUUGGAAUUGAAUCCGCAUGUCAAAUGUGAGACAUCGCUACGAGUGGCCGGAAGCAAGAUCAACGGAUGGUUUCAAGAGCUGAAAGCAGCCGGUUCCUUCACUGUGGACGACGACAUCUUAGGGAAGGCGAAAGAGAUCUUCGGCACAUACCGAGUCAGUAACGAAGAGACUCUCGAAGCGAUCCGGGACUGCUACCGCGGCGAAGCUAUUUCAAAAAGGGGAUAUAUACUCGAUCCGCACUCAGCCAUCGGGGUGGCUGCCAGCUUGCGCGAGAUCGCAGCCUCAGGGCCGUCUGACGUGCCGACCGUGUCUCUUGCCACCGCACACCCGGCCAAGUUUGCAGGUGCUGUAGAAUUGGCCUUGAAGGAUGAAAAAGGGUUUGACUUCAAUACUGUGUUGCCGGAACAGUUUGUCGGGCUUGGGGACAAGGAGAGGAAGGUGCUGAAGGUGUCCAGCUCGGAAGGACUUCCAGGGAUUCGACAGACUAUUACUACUGAGGUGGAAAAGGAGAAGGAGGCUAGGCAAAAUGGGUUUUGA